AAUCUGUGAUGUUAGGUGUGCCAUUCAGAAAGUCCCAAAGGCUGCGAUUGACGUAGAUGUUCUCUUUCUUUGGUUCGGUUUAGUUUUUAUGUUGUUAACUCCCCUCAAAAACAAAUAAAUCCAAGCUGAAUUUGAAUAUAGAAACAUUGAAUCCUUCAGCCUUAUAUUGUAAAAUAAACACCUAAUCUUCAUAUGGGGGACAAAUACAGACACACACGCACAUAUAUAUAUAUACAUAUAUACGAUGACACACAAUUAUAGAAACUAAGAAAACACAGUCUCACACACACGGAUAUAAACACAUACAUGUAUGCGUGUGUGUGUGUGUGUUUGAACGCACCGACACAAUGACCAAUUGACAAUCUUCGUUAUCAAUAGUUUCCAUAUACCAGAAAGCAGACGGGGAAGUGAACGAAAGAAAGAACGGGUGACAGAGACAGAUAAAAGAAAAAAAAAAUAGAGAAAACAGAAGUCACAUGGAAUGGCACGGAUGUGACGGAAUAUGAACAAUAAUUGCUUAAUAAUAAUAAAAUUAUCUCGAAAUCGACAGCAAUCUGGUGUAAACAAAUGGUACAUUACGCCCAUAAUCUAAGAUAGGCAUUGUACUACAGUAAGAUUAACAGACAGACCGAGAUAGACGAAAAACCUAAAUUAUCUACCAACGAACGAUAACAAAACAUCGGGUAAAAAUUAUUGUCCGAUUUUAAUAUAAAACGAGAACCACAAGUUAAAAGCAAACUUAGUCGGUUCUUAACUUUUAAGACAUGAUGUUGUCACUGAAGAUAGAAAGUACCUUGCGUCAUUUGGCUUUAUUCUUCAUUUGCCUGCAAGUCUGUGAAGUAACUUGCACCGUUUCUUCGGUUGGGUGCAUGGAUCUCAAUAACAAACCGGUCGACUGGUUUAUUGCAUACAAACUUCCUCAUCACACAUCUGUCGUUGGAACUGAGUUCUAUUACAUGGAUGCCAAUGCGAAGUCUUGGAAAUAUUCACCACACAACAUCGAUUCCAAAAAACAACCAAUUUAUUACACGUUACGACCAAUAUAUGAAAAUUCAACGAAAGGGAGUUUCAUGUAUGUGAUGUACAAUGAUGAGAAACCGGACACACAUUCGGCCACUGAAUCAUACGGACAUACGAAAGGUGUGAUAGCAUUUGACAAGCAGUCUGGAUUCUGGUUAAUUCACAGUACACCAAAAUUCCCAGAUUAUAGACACUCUGGCUAUCAAUGGCCAGAUAAUGGUCACUACUUUGGUCAGACUUUCCUAUGUGUAACAUACCCUUAUAAAGAAAUGAAUAAAAUUGGAAAACAGCUGAAGUAUAACUAUCCCCAGAUAUACGACAAAAGCUUCCCACAAACAAUGGUAAUGGAUAACCCUGAUAUGGCUGCAGUGGUCUUGCACCGUUCCAAAGUCUCUUAUCCACCUUGGAAUCAUACUCAAGUUCUGACUUCUAAAGCUGGCAAAAAGUUCGUCAGUUUCGCUAAAUUUUCAAAGUUUGAUUUAGACCUUUACUCAUCUUGGUUGGCGCCAGCACUCGGUAGUAGUUUGCUGGUUGAGUCAUGGCAAAAUGGACGGGGCAAACUAUCUUCAUUCUGUCAUGGAAAAUAUCAGGUGUUUAAUGUCCGAUCUAUUGGGAUCCACACAUCAUCGUUUGCACAAACACGGGACCAUUCAAAAUGGGCCAUCACUGUAAAAGGGGCUUCUAAAUACAUCGUUUGUAUUGGAGACAUCAACAGACAGGAACAUCAAGAGGAACGAGCUGGCGGCACCGUUUGUUUCAAAGACUCAAGUGUUUGGAGAAGUUUCUACAAUGUUGUCAAAUCAUACGAAAAAUGCCCCAAAUUAAGUGUGUCCAGCUAAAACCAACUAUAGACGGAAGAUGAAAAAAGACAGGAAGGAUAUAU